GAUCGAGAAUUCAGUGUUCGGUCUCCCGUGAUGAAUCACUCUGACGAAGUUACGAUUUGUUUCUCUUUUCAACCUCAUCGACCAUUGUUAAGCGAAGAUUCGAAUUUUUGAUAAGAUACACGCUGUUGAAAGUAGCGUAGAUUCAUGUGUGAUGAUAUUGGUGGAAUUGGAUAAAACGGCUUAGUCACUUCUAGCAGAUUAAAGUAUACUGCGUAAUCUGCCUGACUAAUUUGCAAUCUUGACGUCUCGGACCUUGUCGUAGGUACUUUAGGUUCUUGUAAAGUAAUUCAACUGUAACCCAUUAAGGGUUUAGAUCGUUGCAAUUUAAUAUUGUUUUUUUUAAGGUACGAGAAAUUUAUGAAAAUAAUCAGAGAGAAAAAUUUCUAUGUUUUAAAAAGAAAUAAUUUAUCAUAGUAUUCUUCAUAUCAUACAUAGGUAUUCUUAAACUUUUUCAAACUGCAUAAGAUAUAUUGAAUAAAUCCUCUCAUACCUGUAACGUUAGAAAGCAGUACUUGUGAUGCAAAUUGUCCAAGAGAACAAAUAUCGUAAAUGGAGCGUCAAGUUGUGGCAACGUUGAAUAUGAUGUGUUAUUCGCUUCGACACUAGUAGGUUCUACAUUUUCCAAUGAGUUUUUUUAACCUCGUAAAUCGCGCGACCUUGUCAAGAAAGACGCGCGUAAAUUUACAAUGAUCGUCGGGCACGCGUGGUCAGAGAUUCCAAAAUUAUCUUAGAAUCUAAUGCGUCACGUACCAUUAAUGUUAGAACCUUCAGGCUAGCGAAAACAACCAAUUUAUAAUUUUUCGUAUACCACGGAAAUAUUCGAACACUUACCACAGAACAUUUCUAUGAAUAUGCUAUGCACGUUAUAUAAAACCUCGCGAUAUUUAAUUAACAGCGUAAUACGACACGACUGUCAUAAUCGCAGUGGGAAAAUUUCAAGCCAAUUUACCGCAAGUGUUAUAAUAUUUAAGGAAGUGUUAGGAUUUAUAAUGCUGGCUUUUUUAGACAUUUCCAUUAUCUUUCAUAAAACAGAGGAGGCCCCCUCAUUGUACAUUCUUUUUCAUAUAGCUCCAUUCUAAUUCCCUUCUCAGCCGUCACUAAUUCCAGUGUUAAAAUGGCUGAAGCAGACAUCUACGUUUCAAAGUAGAAACUUGUAUGUGGGGAAACGUUCGAUUCUGCUUUCGGUGGCAGACAACGUAUACUUCCACGUCGAUGUUUAUUCACCGCACGACGCGUGCAGAUGCUCGCAGCGCGCGUGUUACGAAACUCUCGAUUGUUCCUCGGCGGCCCGCGUCGAUUUCGCAACGAACCGACGACACGAAAUAAAAGUUGCCGCUGUGUUGCUCGUUAAAAAGCCACACGGCGAUAUUGUUUUAUCGGGGAAACGUGGGUGCCCGCGGUGGCACGAUAACGUCGUGAGAAACGGGUUAUAGCACGCAAGGCGCGCGCAGGUGAAGCCAGCGUAUCGUGAAACGAAGCCAAACGAUCGGUUCCUGGCUCUGCUUUGCCGAGAGAGGAGGAAGAAGAGCCACCACCACGUCGACCCGGGUAACCUGAAUUUCUUGCAGAAGGGACAAAGCCGUUGUCACCGAGAACAAACGGCGUCCAACGGUUAAAUUAGAACCGUACACGAGAUCUCGCGAGCUUUUCAGCCGCCGGUGCAAUCUCGAUCUCUGCCGAGCGAGAGGUCGUUUAUCCUCCCUCGAGCUAUGCGGCCAAGAGAUGUCCGGCUUCGUUCUCACGUGGAUCUCUUUGCGAGUUUAGAACGUACAAAUGCCGUCGUUGCAAGACGAUCAAAAAACCCAGAAGAAUUUUCACCGUUAAAUAUUAUGGGUUCGCUCGGAAUCCUUUUCUUGAGUCAGGGGGUAUAAGGUUCAAAGUGAUUUUAGGAGCGAAGCCUGUGAAAUUUGAUAUGAGAAAUUCGCAGCUGGUGUUUGAUGGUCUAAUGAUCGUGAUUGGUAGCUAGGAAAGUAAAGAAUUUUUUAAAGCGUAUUGUUUCUGGAGAAGAUCGAGGAAAGUAAUCUAUAUAUAUUCUGCAUUGUAUCGAGAAAGUCGAGUUUCCUUCGAAUUGGUUAAAAUUACCGGAAUCUUUUUAGGGUAGGGAAUCAUAAGUUUCAACUGUUUUCUGUGGUGAAACCCGACUGUAAAAUUUUAUACGAGAAAGGGGCUGGUAUUUGAUGAUCUAAUGAUUAUAGUUGGUGGAAGAAAAUACAGAACUUUUUAAAGGAUACUGUUCUUUGGUAUUGGAAAAAAAAGUAUUGUAGAAAGUAACCAAUAUUAUAUCGAUGUAAGAUCGAAGUUCCCUUCAAACUCUUCGGAAGUUACGAAUUUCUCGAGACCAAAGAAUUACAAGUCUGAACGUUUUUCAUAGCAAAUCUUGAUUAUGAAACGCGAUAUGAAGAAAUUUCAAAGUGACAUUUGGUAGACGAAUGAUCAUGGCCGACUAUAGAGAAAACAGUGAAUCUUUGAAAAAGUAAUUUGUCUCCGGUAUCAAAGAAGAGGUUGAAAGAAAUGAUGCACGUUGUGUCAAAAGAUGAAAGUUUCCCUCGAGAAGCUUGCGCGACAAAUAGAAAUUCGACAAAACGAUCUAGAAGCGGAACUAAAAGUAGAACAUCCUACUCAAAAUGAAAUAGCUGGCUGUGCUCUCCAGACAGCUCGAUAUCAUCGAAGAGUGUCUGUCCAGGACUGAAAGUUUCCGUUUAAAGUGCGGUGGGCAAUAUAAAGAAUUCCACGAAUUCCUGGACGAAUUUCUUUCGUUCCUGCGUGUGUGGUGCAGCUUGGUUCGAUCAUUUAUUUGUCUAUACUCACGGACAGAUUGGAGAAUUUACGAGACAGAUUAACGAUACCGCAGAAAGUAUCUCCGGAUAGAUCGAUAAGAAUCUCCGAACGAGAAUCGGUCAGCUCGAACUCGUGAGAAUCUCGAUCAUACCGAUUUCUCCGGUGUCAUUGAGAAACCAUACACGUUUUAUACGCCGUCCUCGGUAUCAAUGGCUGGCAGAUCGAAAUCCAGUACCGGUCUGAAAUACGAGAUGCCACCGGCGGAAGUUACCGGUCUAAGGGAGGAGAGAGAAAGAGAGGGAAAAGGGUGGGAAGAAAAGACUGGUAAUUUCGCGUGGGCGUUGAGACCAGUUACGUUGGAAGGCUGACAGGGUCUCCAAAUAGCAGAUUGGAUCGAACGCUUGGAAUUCCCCGGUGAGGGAUCGAUCCAAUUUAAUUAAACUCUUGCCGAAUUCCCGGACACCUCGCUCUUACACGACAAUGGAGUUACGCACAUAAUCCCUCGAUCAUCGUUUCGCCUUCUCGCUCAGCCAAUUCUUCUUUGCGUCUGCAAUACGUUAUAUUGAGUGGAAGUUUACGAAGAUCUUAUUCUUUCUGGAUGAUAAGAUUGUUACACGCUCGAAUUACACACAUAAUCCUUCACCUUCGCACGAGUUCAUAUUUCCAUUAUUAUUAUUAUUCCAUCUAUUAUUAUUAUCAUGGCGAUAAUAAGAUUAUUGUAUACGUGUUGUACAUAUAAUCUGUCGUUUCAUAUUUAUAUUAGUUCAUCUUGUUUCAUAUCUACAAUUUGUUGGAAUUGUGGAUAGUUUUCGAAAAUCCGAAUCUUCGACAAAUAAAAUUAUUGUACUCAUAUCGUGCACAAAACUUAUCCAUUCUUUUCCACGUUUAUGAAAAAUUCUUAAAGAUCUCUUUCGUCGACGACGAUGGAAUUAUUGCGUUCGUGUUACACGCUGAUACUUCUUCGAUUAUCGUUCACAUCUCCUCCGCAGUCUAUUUCUCCACCACCUCUACAAUUGGUGGUAAAAAUUCCCGAAUAUUUCGUUCUCCAACAACGAUAGUUGUCGCGUUCGAUGUAUGUAUUGCCUCGAUCAUAGUUUUAUCAUGGCGCAAGAUCAUUUUUCUUCCGCCUCUACAAUUCAUCGUGUUCAUGAAAAAUUCUCGAAGAUCUCAUUCUUCGAUGACAAUAAGACCAUCGCGAUCGUGUUCGCGUUAUGCAUAUGAUCUCCCGAUCAUCGUUUCGUAUUCUCACGAGCGUAUAUUUCUUCUGCCUCUAUAUAUUACCAUGAAUAUUCCAGAAUAAUUUGUUCUUCAAUGACAGUAGAAUGGUCGCUUUCGACUUAUAAAAAAUAUAAUCUCUCGAUUAUGUUCUCAUUACGUCUAUGAUUCGUGGGAUAAAAAAUUCUAGCAGACUUCACUUUCUUCGUCGGAAAUAGGAUUGUCACGUUACGCGCAUAAUCUCCCAAGUACUAUCGUUCCACUUUCUCACGAGUCUAUUUUCCCCGCCUUUGCGAUUCAUCGUGAAAUUACUAAAUAUUUUAUCCUCCAGUAACGAUGCAGGUAUCGAAUUUAAUUUACACGCGUAAGUCCUAUCAAUCAUCGCUUUGUUCUCACACAAAUCCAUCAUCUUUUUCUGUACGAUACCUGAUGUUCGCCAAGAAUUCAGGAAAGUUUCGAUUCCUUCGAUAACAAUAAGAUUAUUACAUUCGUAUUACGCGUAUAAUCUUCCGAUCAUCCUUUCAUCUCCUUGUAACUCCAUUUUACCUGUAUUAUUCACGUUCAUGUAAAAUCUGCAGAUCAUCGAAUACUUGGAUUAGAUCGGCACUCGGCGUUUGUGCUUCGUCAGAGCGUUUUCAUCGGGAGGUAAAAGCGGCCGUUUCACGGCGAAAGAGGACACGCGGCGAAUCGAUAUCUCUUUCGCAAGGACCUGCUGGCCUAUCUGCGCGAAGUCACGCGAAUUUAGGGCGUGGAAUUGCGGACGAGCGAAAAAUUGCGAUGCAACUGCCUCUUCGAGCCCCUGACAUGUUCGUCAAGGACGGAAUAUAAUUCGUCGUGCUCGCGUUUCAGCGGCGACGAUUGGUCACAUCCGUCGAUUUCGUUUGCAGAAUCCAUCGUGACGCGUUCCGUCGUCGAUGCGACGUUUCGUUAAUUAUUAUCGAGCCAAUUCGUGGAUCGAACAGAGAAGGGAGAGCCAGUGACACGAGACCAGUCGACGCGACUAUGUCGACUCGAACGAAAAGCGCAGACCGAUCGUGCGAUACGGGCAUUAGCUUGCGACCUUCUGUCGCAUUUUUCGCCUCGCGUCAUCGACUAUUUGUGUAUCUAAAAAGAAGUAGCGAGUUCUGAGAGCGCGACAGAGAGGUCUACACGGAAAAAAAGAAGAAGCGGAGAACAACAGUGGCUGUUAAAGAAGGCUUGUAAAGAAGUUCCGUCUCGUCUUGGUUCGAGAUCGAGCGGGCUGAGUAAUUCGGUUGGCUUCUGGGCAAGUUCGAUGCGAGGAAUGCUCGCGGGAUGAAGGCAAAGCUGUCACGAAAAGAGCUGGAUCAUCUCUUUAGCGAGCAUAAUGGAGGUUAUGAAGCACAGCCGAAGAAUGUUAACACCAUUUCGAGAAGCAAACAACACCAGAUACAGACGUCCUUGUCGGCGACGGCACCUGCAAGGACGCCGGGCGUCGGCGCGGACGCGACGACGACAGGACCAGGAAAAGGUGGAGGUCGUGUUACAGAAGUAAUGGAGCUUUGUUACGUCACCGAAAGAAUCAUUGCGCUCUGGUACAGGGAGGAUGCGCAGGGCGUCCUUGAACAUGCUACCGCACUUCUGCGAGGAAAGCACGGUGAUAAUUAUAUGAUAUUCAAUUUGUCAUCGCCGGGUCGUACCGGGGAGCCAAAUACCAGGGAAGCAGGAUGGCCGCAGGGUCUGGCACCCAGUUUGGAAAGACUGUGCGCCCUAUGCAAGGAGCUGGACUCCUGGCUGAACGGUGCUUCGAAUCGCGUGGUCGUUCUCCACGCCAGGGGAAGCAAAGAACGAUUGGGUGUGGCUGUGUCCGCGUACAUGAACUACAGUAGCAUCUGCGGCGGACGUGAUCAGGCGUUGGACAGGUUCGCUAUGAGAAGAUUCCUCGACGACAAAAUUGGUUCCCUGCAGGUUCCCUCACAUCGAAGGUACAUCAAGUAUUUCAGCGGACUUCUGUCAGGUUCCUUGAGGAUCAGUCAAUCUCCACUUUAUUUAACGCAUCUCACCGUUCUGGGCGUUCCACUCUUCGAGCCUACAGGUUGCCGAGCAUUCCUCAAGGUCUACGAAGGCCUGACACCAGUCUACACCUCGGAUCUCUAUUCCGUUACAAACGCUCGCGAGUUCACCGUAAAUCUCGGAGGUCUUCGUCUUAGGGGAGACAUUCUGGUGAAAUGUUACCACAGGGUGUACUCGAAGCAGAGCCGGGAAGUGAUGUUCUCCCUGCAGUUCCAUACCUGUGUAAUAACGGAGAACGUGGUGUCGUUUCCUCGAUCGGAACUGGACGUGGCCUGCGACGACCCACGAUGUCCUCCGGACAGCGUGGUGACUUUGUACUUCGCCACCGACGCCAAGCGUCAAGAUGGGCCCAUACCGGCGCCAACACCAGCAGUACCGCAUGCUUCCGCUCAUAACGAUCCCAUCCUGCACUGGGACAGCUACACGAAUCUCGAAAUCAGCGACGACGAAGGACGGGAAACACCAUUAUCACCGCCACCACCUUCGAGUUCCUCGGUUCAAACAUCGCCUCGCGGAUUGGGUUACACUUGCGGUCCCAUAGAUGGAUCUCUGUACGCUGUGGUACACCAGGGUGCUGCCGGUGGUGCCCGUGGCUCACCAUUGACAGUUUCCAUGGACAGCGGCAUCAGCAGUGCUCCACCACAACGACCUAGUCCACCGGAACCAGAGCCGGAUAACCAGGCUCAUGGUGAUCUUGAUAAACUUCUCCAUGAUAUGAUGCUUACUGUUGAGUCGAUGCCAGAUCCUCCGUCAGAUGAGUAUAGAACAGACAGAAGCGAGAAGAUGUACAUUCAGGAAACCCGCAGCUACAGCAGCCACACAAGUAGUCAUUCCCCAUCGACUUAUUCCACGUUGAAAGAUUCGUACAGGAACUACAGCACCGCGAAAGAAUCCAGUCCGCCAUAUAACUCGAGCAGCAGUUACAGCACCCUGAAGAACGAGUACCGAGAACCAACAAAAAUUGAACAUCGAAGGGAGGAAUUCGAAUAUCGUAUGUCACCUGAUCGAAAAAUUUCUGAUACCUCCACGGACACGUACAGAAAACACGCGGACUCAUUUUCACCACCUGGAAAUAUCGAUUAUAUCGACGAAGACAUCCCCUAUCACGCGAGACAAACGAGUCAACCAUUCUCGUACGGUGCCACGUCGGACAUGAUUAAACAUCAAAAACUAUCGUCGCCUUCUUUGGUCAGAAAGGCGUCUGUACGAGGUACGGCGCCUGUGGUGGAUUUCGAAGAUAUUUUAGGAGAGAAUUCGAGGAGACCUCUCAGCCCUUUGAGUCCAAACACGCCGGACCCUCCGCCAGAAUUCGCCAACGGUCCCGCAAAGAGCAGUUCGGAUCACGUGGAUGGAUUAUCAUGGUUGAGGCAGCAGCAAUUGAAACUUGCCGCGAGAAGGGAUGAAAGGAACCCGGGGAAACUUUGGCGGCAGGAAACUGGAAAUCGUGUGAUCGGCGAGCUGAGAAGCUUACAGAGAGGUAGAUUGAGGCACGACGGGUACGCUAGCGAUUCUGCGGUGCUCGAUGACGAUGACGAUACGUGGGUUGUUCAUUCUACUUCCGGACAGACGCAAUCAAGGCCGGCACCUUACACAUCCGCUCCAGCAAGUCCUCUGCUUCCGCAACGAUCCAGCAGCCGGAAGUACAAUGGUACGAUCGGAACCGGUACCCUAGGAAGACCACGAGCAGAGAGCGUGAACGAACGUCCAUUCAUGUCCGUGAAACGCGCUUACGAAUAUCGCAAAUACGGCGACAGUCAGAGCCCUCCAACAUCCCCUCGCUCAGGCUUAGCAAGCACGCAACCCUUAGGAUUAGCAAUGCAGCAACAAGCAACGUUCAUUAGUACGGACAAGCCUCAGCCACCACGACCAGAGUCUCGUAGCGAUAGUUUUGCUCGCGCUGACGCUCUGUUGCGCGAGCACCGACAGCAACAGCAGCAACUGGCCGCCAGCAACGUUCACAUGGACCAGAAACAAUCGGCGAGUCCAGAUUUCGUCUCGACUCUGACUCGAAAUUCUCGGCCAGAGUCGCGAAAUCAAGUCGUGACUUGUCAAAGUAUCAGCAGAACCACGGUGACCAGCAACGACAGGACCACCGACCACGUGGACGCAGGAUUGUUGACCAUGGUCGAUCAGCAAUCGAACACACCGAACAAUCCAGACCCUCUCGUGAGCCUCAUUCAAUCACUGGCUGAAAUUUCGCCCAUUCGCUCACCUCAAUCGAUGACUAACAAGUCAGACAUGAACGAUCAUCACACGAGCAUCAGCGCAGCAACCACGACAACUGCGAGGAGCAACAUUGUUAACCUUGCCAGCACUAAUUGCUCCCCUAACCAGUCGCCCAAAGCAUGGCAGAAUUGCACCCAGUCGCACAAUGACUCUGCUUCAUCGUGGACCGAGAGGAGCGUCAGUCCCGGAAGUACGGUGGUCAACAGCGCGUCAAGGCCGCAAACUCCGGCGUUUCCGGUACAUCCUCGAACCCCGUACGUGAAUAAUUCCUCGCCUACGGUUACGUUCGCGGCUGAUCGCUCCUAUAGCACGAACACAAGUUACAACGUGAACAACAACAACAAUAACGUGCACAACGUGGAAUCAACCGGGAACAAUAAUAACAACAUCGGGAAUUAUGGCAGCGAACGAACGAUCUACAUCGAAGAACGAAGAGAAGUCUCGAAGGAGACGGGACUUCCACCCAAGAGUCCGACAACACAGAGACGCUUGAGUUUCCCGGCAAGCGGGCCACUUAAACAAACGCAUAACAAACGAUGGCCGCUCACUAACCAAUCGGCGUCGUUCGACUAUAGCAAGGACCGAUCUGUUUCUCCGAUAAACGAGCCAACGAUGCAACAACAAUCGCAAGCUGUCUCGCGCAGCCCUGGUACUCCGACUCACAUUGAAUUUGCCCAAAGUCCGAAGAGUGCCACAUCGUACACAUCCAUAAACAGUGGUGGCCAGUCAUCUCCUCAGAUCCAGUAUUACGGUUCAAGACGAUCCAGUGUACAUUCGAACACCGAGCCGCAAGAAGUGGCCGAUGUCAACGUAAAAUUUGUGCGCGACACCAGCAGGAUCUGGUACAAGCCCAACAUAUCUCGAGAGCAAGCAAUCUCAAUGCUGAAGGAUGCAGCGCCAGGAACAUUCGUCGUUCGAGAUAGCAAUUCCUUCCCAGGAGCCUUUGGACUCGCUCUGAAGGUAGCAACUCCGCCUCCAAGUGCACCAAGUAGUCCCAAAGACCCGUCUAGCGAGUUAGUCAGGCACUUUUUGAUCGAGCCUACAUCCAGAGGUGUUAGAUUAAAGGGAUGUGCCAACGAGCCAGUCUUCAGCUCGUUAUCGGCGUUGGUUUAUCAACACAGUUUGAUGGCGAUGGCUCUACCUUGCCAGCUGUUGCUACCAGAACCGGAAGCUGCAGCCAGAGCUCUCGAUUCACCUGGCACGAAUAGCACACAGCAACUGCUUGCACAGGGUGCAGCCUGUAAUGUUUUAUACCUUUUCACCAUGGACACGGAAUCACUGACGGGUCCUCAGGCCAUCAAAAAGGCAGUCACGACAAUGUUCGAGCAGAAGCCACUGCCUACAGCGACUAUCGUCCAUUUCAAAGUUUCAACGCAGGGAAUAACUUUGACGGAUAACGCGCGGAAGCUUUUCUUCCGUAGGCAUUAUCCCACGAAUAAUAUCAGCUACUGCGGCUUAGACACGGAGGAACGCACUUGGGACUUCGCCAGCGAGGAAACUGGCCGCUCAGUCAGUGCCCAUCGAUGCUUCGGAUUCGUCGCUAGAAAACCGGCGCACAAAUCGGACAACCAAUGCCACGUGUUCGCGGAGCUAGAACCAGAACAACCAGCCACGGCCAUAGUGAAUUUCGUGAACAAGGUCAUGAUGGGCAACUCCAUAGCCAAGGCCAACAUCGUAUAAAUUGUUUUAUUCGUCGCGCACGUCCUCCAGAAUGCUUGAAUAACGGUUUCAUCUGCGAAACGCGGACAGAAAGUCGACGAAGACAAGAUAGAAGCGAUUCAUCAUGAAGAAUGAAUACGGAUCGAACAUUAUUUACGGAGAAUAAUAGCAAGAUCGUGCUAUUCGAAGGACGUUAGUUGACUAUCGUAAUAGGUCUUCAUGCAUUUCGUGAAGUAGAAUCGAGUCAGUAGAGCAUGAACGUUCUAAGCAAAAAUACAGUAGAAGUUAACGAUAGAGAUUGAAUCGUUAUUGUUCUAAAUGAAGAAGUAUCCAAGUGAAAUGAGAAACUCGGUUCCAUCCUCGUGUCAGUGAUCACGCUAUUCAGAAGAGAAUGUUAUUAACGACGAUCGUUAUUGCUGGUUAUUAUAUUAGAGAAUAGUAAAGUAAUAUAAACUAUAUCGGAGCAAAGUACGAUGACGCGAUUGCAACUUCUCGUUGUGUUACAUUCUAGAAAAGAAAUACGAAGAUUUAACUUAAGAAUAAUUGUAACGAUUAUUCGUCUAUGAUUAACCGUUUUGUACCAGUUUUUUACGUCAAUAAUCGAGAAGCGUUACUGCAUUAAUUAACGUAAACCAUCAUCAAGAGCAACGCAUGCUACACAGAAUUUUCGUUUUCCAUUAAUCGUAUUCGUUGUGAAAGGACGAAGUUACAGGAUAACGACGUUAUACUUUGCUUCCAGCGCGAAACUAUUACACGAACGAUAUGCAAACGAACGUACCGAUAGCUGGUAGGUUAGUUGAUUACGAGUAAUCGAGCGUGCUCUAUGCGCGAAUCUCGAAGAUCGUCGCGCAUUCGAAGCGCAGACUCGCGAGUACGUGUCUUGAUCGUAAAAAAUAUCACACGCAGAAAUAGUUACACGUAUGUAUGUACACUGUUACGAAAAAAUGCAAGAAAACUCAAGAAAAUAGUUGAAUAUCUAUAUACGUUAUUAAUCACGUUAUACUUGGGACUCUCGAGUAAUGUUUAUCGAAGAAAAUGUUACGUCGUUGCGGAACCGUGCCUGUGUAUCGUAGCCCGCGAUGUUCCAAAAGAAAGCAGCGGUUUAACGUUACGAAUAAAACGUUCUAUAAAUAACUGUAAAUAAGUUGAACAGAAAAUAUGAACAGGUAUCGAGAAGAGAAUCGAUGCUUGUUCGCCGGAUGAAGAGAUGAGAAGUCAAGGGAUAAAGUAAUGGGGCGAACGGAAGAAAGAGGAGAGAUCGAUCCUCUAACAGCGUCAACGUGACGGAACAAAAAUAUAAACGAUACUCGAUGAGGAGUAGCGUAUCGAAACGAAACAUCACAUUUUGUUUAAUGACUCCCCGUAGGUUCUUGCCAUUUAUUCGUCCUCGCGAGCGACGUCCUUCGUUUGUGAAAGAAGAAUUCGAGAAUCGACGAAGGAAGAUCCAAUUGGCGGGGACGACGAUAAGCAGUCAAUUAUUACGAAAGAAAUGUUAUAUGUAAUUACGACAAUACCGUGCCACGAGGGGAUUUACGAUAAAAAAGAGAGG